AUGAAGGGUGCUAUUCUGGCCACCGCGGCCGCCAUCGCUGGCACCGCCAUGGCCGAUGUCGCUCACAUGCGUCGUCACGGCCACGAUUCUUUCCACCAGCGUCGUGCUCUCUCUCAGCCUGCGCCUGAGGCUGAUGCUACCUGCGGCUGCACCACCGAGGUCGUCACUGUCUGGGGCUCCCCUACCCUGAUCCCCAUUGCCACGCCCACUCCCAGCACCGUCACUUCCGAGGCUGUCACCACUCUGCACUCGACCAGCUACAGCACCGUGACUGUUGUUGUCACUCCCUCCGGUGCUGCCGCAGAGAGCCAGUCCUCUUCGACCCCCGCCGCUGUUGUGACCCCCUCGACCUCUGCUACCCCUGAGGUCACUCUCCCCACUGCCGGCGUCACCAGCUUCUCCUCGACUGGUACCUACACCAUCCCCGCCACCACUCUGACCGUCACCGAGUCGACCACCGUGUGCGGAGCUACCACCACCGAACUGCCCAGCGGUACUCACACCUACGGUGGUGUCACCACUGUGGUCGAGACCUCGACCACCGUUGUCUGCCCCUACGCCACCGUUGAGCCCUCCGGCUCCACCGUGACCAGCGUCAUCAGAACCACCACCUACGUCUGCCCCUCCGCUGGCACCUACACCAUUGCUCCCACCACCACCUACGUCCCUACCAGCACCGUCAUUGUCUACCCCACCCCCGCCACCAUCACUCCUGGUACCUACACUCAGCCUGAGCAGACUGUGACCGUCACCCGUACCGACUACACCUAUGUCUGCCCCUUUACCGGCCAGGACGAGGCCACCUCUGCUCCUGUUGCCGCUAGCACCACUGCCGCUCCUGCCACCACCGCGAUCCCUGCCACCACCGCGGUCCCUGCCACCACCACCGCGGUCCCCUCCACCAGCUCUGCUGCUCCCUCUAGCUCCAGCAGCGCUCCUGCCUCCACUGGUGCCGUCAGCGGCCAGAUGGGUAUGACCUACUCUCCUUACACCAACGCUGGCGGCUGCAAGGACAAGUCCUCCAUCCUCUCCGAGGUCGCCAACCUCAAAGCCAAGGGUUUCUCCCACGUCCGUGUCUACUCGACCGACUGCAACAGCUUGGAGUACAUUGGUGAGGCCGCCAAGACUUCUGGUCUCCAGAUGAUCCUUGGUGUCUUCAUCAGCAGCACUGGUGUCUCCGGUGCUCAGGACCAGGUUACCGCCAUCUCCAAGUGGGCCCAGUGGGAACUCGUCAGCCUGAUCGUCGUCGGUAACGAGGCUAUUCAGAACGGCUACUGCGAUGCUUCCACCCUUGCUGGCUUCAUCUCCUCCGCCAAGUCCUCCUUCCAGUCGGCCGGCUACACUGGCAAGGUCACCACCACUGAGCCCAUCAACGUCUGGCAGGCCUCCGGCUCCACUCUGUGCGGCGCUGUCGACAUCGUUGGUGCCAACAUCCACCCCUUCUUCAACGCCGAUGUCUCCGCCGACCAGGCCGGCAAGUUCGUUGCUCAGGAGAUCGCUGUCCUUGAGGGCAUCUGCUCUGGCAAGGAGGUCAUCAACCUGGAGACCGGCUGGCCCCACGCUGGUAACGCCAACGGCAAGGCUAUUCCCGGUGCCACCGAGCAGGCUACCGCCAUCAAGGCCAUUGCUCAGGAAGUCGGCUCCAAGUCUGUCUUCUUCUCCUACUUCGAUGACCUGUGGAAGGAGCCCGGCGAGUUCGAUGUCGAGCGCUACUGGGGUUGCAUUGACAACUUCAAUUAA